AUGCAGCCCGCCACGGCGCACGGUGCACGGCCUCCGCGCUGCAGGCGAAAUGAUGGCGGAAACGUCUGUUUGCGCAGCCCCGUGUGGGCAGCUCUCCCCGGCGCGGGGUCUCAUCCACCAUCUCAGGUGUGGUGGGGGAAGCGUGUCUCCACCGCCAGGAGGUCACUCUCGAGACCAGCGCUGCAGCGCUGCGAGGAGCAAAACGCUGCCCGAGGGCCGGGAGGCAUCGUCCCUGCAGCCCAGGGAGGAGUCAGGGGCCAGGCAAGCGAAACGGAUGACCUGGCUCCCAGGGCAGAGGGUGACCCCUCUCUGACGCUGGACACCUUCCUUCACGUCCAGCAGCUCCGGAAGAAGAGGCUGAGAGCUUUCUGCAGCCGCUCAGCCAAAGUGGCCGUGUUGCCAGCAAGCCACGAGGAGCGAGCCCGCGUGCUCUCCAGGGUGAGGGUCAGCACCAAGCUGAACUUCCUCUAUUGCCAAGUGCCAGCAAUAGGGAUAGAGGGAUGGCAGUGGCUUCUGGAGAAACUAGAAGAGAAAGAAAAUGUGACGGUCCCAGUGCCACUUCCCUACCCUCAGCAGCACGAUCUGCAGACGCAGCUGAACAAGUUCAACCAGACCAUGAUAGAGGCCAUGAUGGGCUCCUACACCAAAGUGCUGUUUGUCAGGGACCCUUUCCAGAGGCUGAUCUCAUCUUACAUGCAAGGCAUGGGCAGCAGUCCUUCCUUCAGCAGUUUUGUUCAGGAUGUUUUAGACGUGGGACAGUACAACGCCAGCCUGGAAUCAAAGCCGCUUGUCAGCCUGUGCCACCCUUGUCUCAUCCGCUACGACUACGUGAUUAUGUUUGGCUUCCUCAGGCAGGAGCUGGGUCAUCUGCUGCAUCGGGCCGGGUUGCCAAAGGACAUCCACCUCCCUGAAUUCACAGACACCCAGGUGCGGUGGACCUAUAAGUGGUUAUCAGAGCAACUAUUCAGCGAACUAUCCCUCAAACAGAAGAAACAACUGUCUCAUUUCUAUCGCUGGGACCUUUCUGCUUUCCAGUUUUCUAAUAGCUUGCUAUCAGACCUCCUCAGCACACCAGAGACCUGGUAGAAAUACUCUGGCUGGCAGGACAGCUUCACGGAGCAUCAGUUCAAAUGCAAUGCUUCAGAGUAUCAGCUGGGUCAGGGACAGACCCUGACUCCAUGGCCAGGUGCUGGGAACUUCCCCCCAGCUCCCAAAGACAAGGCAGGGAACUGAGACAGACCACUGCCAGAGAGAGGAUAUCAAGGCUCUUUACAUUGCUGAUUUGUGCUAAAAUACUGCAGGAAGAGGCUCUAGAGAAAUACAUGGCAUAGGGGUGGCGCUGGGGCCUAGAAAACAGCGUGAGAGGAACUGUGAUGGGCUGAAUAGAUUUUAGAGAGCUUUUUACAGCAUUUUGGGGUGGGUUGGCUUGGACUUACUGCAGAUCACAGCACCAUCCUCACGUGCUCUGAAGGCACUCCCAUUUCAUUUUCUGGACUCCUUCUUCCUUUUAGCUAAGAGGUUUGGCAGUGGCUUCUGGGUGACAAACCUGCAUAAACACACAGAAGUGCUCCCAAAGGAGCAUGUCACCUGUUGUCUGUCUACUAUAUACAAAUGCAUAAGAAAUGAUACAGGAUGGGAGACCCUCUUAGGGAAAUGCUGGUGGUGUUCCCAUUCCUUUCAUGCUCCAUGAAGGCCAAGCCUGGCCCAUUAUUUGGUUA